CAAGCCCUAGCUCCUCUCAUUGACCCUUCCAAUUGAUUAUAUUCCCUUAAAGUUCCAUUUAGUAUUUAUUACACAGAUACUCAAGAAACAUGAUGAAAAGCUUACCUAUAAAACGGUACCAAACCUGGGUUGAUUAGAACUCCAAACUCCAUGUCUAGGCCUUAAAACUUAGCAGUUAUGGCAAGCUUUGGGGGGCAGUCCAAGAAUGGUUACCCAGGGUUUUAAAAGCUUGGACUCUAAAGAAACAAUGUAGUGGAGACAAGCUAUACGUAAUUUUGUGUUCUGGGCGAAAAUAGGGAUAAAUCAGACCUAUACAUCUUUGUGUGUAGCAGAUAGAUCUGAGCUUACCAGUUCUAUUUAAAUAACCUUAAAGUACAAUAGUUGUCUGGGAGUGAAAGUUGUUUAAUGUUGGCAUGUCAGCAGGAGCUCCCCAAACACUGAAGCUCUUGUUGGUAGCAACUUAGGUGUGAGUCCUUGCCGAUUGCAUCGGGAUGGACGGAUUGACCUCCGCAGGUAGCCCGCUCUCCUCCAGCUCCUGGACCAGCGCCACUCCCUCCUGGAGAGACCGGAGGGUGGAGGGGGAGCGCAGGACACUCCCGCGGGAGGGGCGCGGGGCGCGGGGCGUGGAGGGCGUGGGCCGGGGGCGGGGCCAGCCCCGCAGACUGGGUGCUCCGGGGAGCUGUCAGUGUCAGGCUCGGGGAGAGAGAGGAAGUGCCGGCUCCCAGAGGACGCGAGCCGAGCGGCCGGCGCAGCGUGAGACAGCACAUCCUGCGCGCGCCGCGCCCGCCGCCCUCCGGAGCCGCUGGAGCGCCGCCGCCGCCCGGGAGCCACCGUCGCCGCCGCGCUCGGGGAGCCCAGACUCGCCGUCGCCGAGCGCGUCCAGGUAAAGAGAACGGGGGGUGCCGCCGCUUCGGCGCCCCUCCCCUACAGUAGUUCGGCCCCUGCAGCCGCAGCCGGACCCUUGCCUCGGCCCCCGCCCGGGAUCCUGCGUGCUCCGCUGCGCCCUAAGGUGGCCAGAGCCCCCCAGCGGCAGUCCCCUGCUGCAGUUCUCCCGGCAGAGCCGCGAGGAAACCAACAUGUCUGACAAAAGUGAUUUAAAAGCUGAGCUAGAGCGCAAAAAACAGCGCUUAGCACAGAUAAGAGAAGAGAAGAAACGGAAGGAAGAGGAGAGGAAAAAGAAAGAGGUAAAUACUGGGUGUUGGGGCUGUAGAAAUGGCUUGGUUAUGAGCAUGGAAUCACUGAAAGUUGAGAUGACGCCUUGUAACAGUGGUGCUGGAAAGGGGCUUUCUGAAUGGGUGCAGUCGCUGCAUUUUUUAACAUGGGAUACCUGUUAUUUUCAUUAUUUAGUCCCAACCCCUAUGUCUCCCUCCUCGAAAUCAGUGAGCACUCCCAGUGAAGCUGGAAGCCAAGACUCAGGUGACCUGGGACCGUUAACAAGGACCCUGCAGUGGGACACAGACCUCUCAGUGCUCCAGCUGCAGUCAGACUCAGAACUUGGACGAAGACUGCAUAAGCUGGGUGUAUCGAAGGUUACCCAAGUGGAUUUCCAGCCAAGGGAAGUCGUGUCCUACUGCAAGGAGACGCAGACACCUCUGGCUACACAUCAGUCUGAAGAGGAUGAGGAAGAUGAGGAAAUGGUGGAACCCAAAAUUGGCCAUGAUUCAGAACUGGAAAAUCAAGACAAAAAACAGGAGGUGACAGAAGCCCCUCCAAGGGAGCUGACAGAGGAAGAAAAACAGCAGAUCCUUCACUCAGAGGAAUUUCUCAUCUUUUUUGAUCGGACCAUACGGGUAAUUGAAAGAGCACUGGCAGAAGACUCUGACAUCUUCUUUGACUACAGCGGUCGAGAGUUAGAGGAAAAAGAUGGGGAUGUCCAGGCUGGAGCCAACCUGUCUUUCAACCGUCAGUUCUAUGAUGAGCAUUGGUCCAAGCACCGAGUAGUCACUUGUAUGGACUGGUCUCUCCAGUACCCCGAGCUGAUGGUCGCAUCCUACAACAACAAUGAAGAUGCGCCCCAUGAACCAGAUGGAGUGGCCUUGGUUUGGAACAUGAAGUUUAAGAAAACCACACCAGAAUACGUCUUCCACUGUCAGUCCUCUGUGAUGUCAGUCUGCUUUGCGCGUUUCCAUCCCAACUUGGUGGUUGGUGGGACUUACUCAGGCCAGAUUGUCCUGUGGGAUAAUCGCAGUCAUCGAAGGACGCCGGUGCAGCGGACGCCCUUGUCAGCCGCUGCACACACACAUCCCGUAUACUGUGUAAAUGUUGUUGGGACCCAGAAUGCCCAUAACCUCAUCACUGUCUCUACUGAUGGUAAAAUGUGUUCCUGGAGCCUGGACAUGCUCUCAACUCCACAGGAGAGCAUGGAGCUGGUGUACAAUAAGUCCAAGCCCGUGGCUGUUACCGGAAUGGCUUUCCCGACGGGAGACGUCAAUAACUUCGUGGUUGGCAGUGAGGAGGGCACAGUCUAUACGGCCUGUCGUCAUGGAAGCAAAGCCGGUAUCGGUGAGGUCUUCGAAGGUCACCAAGGGCCAGUGACAGGAAUUAACUGCCACAUGGCAGUGGGCCCGAUCGACUUUUCACACCUGUUUGUCACAUCAUCAUUCGACUGGACCGUCAAGCUGUGGACCACAAAGCACAACAAGCCGCUCUACUCCUUUGAAGACAAUGCAGACUAUGUGUACGAUGUCAUGUGGUCCCCCGUGCAUCCCGCGCUCUUUGCCUGCGUGGACGGGAUGGGGCGCUUGGACCUCUGGAACCUCAACAAUGACACCGAGGUUCCAACAGCAAGUGUGGCCAUCGAGGGGGCGUCUGCCCUAAACCGUGUUCGUUGGGCCCAAGCUGGCAAAGAAGUUGCUGUUGGGGACUCAGAAGGCCGUAUUUGGGUCUACGACGUUGGAGAGCUUGCAGUUCCCCACAAUGAUGAGUGGACCCGAUUUGCAAGGACACUUGUGGAGAUCCGUGCUAACAGAGCUGACAGUGAGGAGGAAGGCGCUGUGGAGUUAUCUGCCUAGUGGAAGUGAGCCACCCCCACCCCAGCCCCCACCACCUUCACCUUCUGAGCUCAGCAUCUGCAGUCGUCAGUUCCACUCGUCCUCGGUGUCCAUUCAGUAUCAGUAUUGCUGUGACAUUUUGGGUGCCAUAUUGUGCCAGCUUUGCUCCAGAUAGUCCCAAUAUAUCCCACCCUACCCUUCACUAACCCGAAAUUCACCAGAGCGUUUCUAUCUUUAUAUUUCUGUCUCAAAAUAAGGGGUGUGUGUGGGGGAACCUUUACGGAUUUAGUUGUUGCCUUUUAACUACUUAGUAGCUGUAUUUAAUAGCUGGAAACCUCUGGUUAAAUUUGUGCUUACAUGCACUUCUGGCAUAGUCCUAUUAAAUCCAUAUGAAGCCAGAUAUGAUUAGGUGCAGAUGUGGUGUGCUUCAUGAUAUGGUGCAGGGCCAAAGACUUGAGAUGUGGUGUUUUACAUGGUGACUCACAUUAUGAAUGGAUUUACUAGAAGAACAUUGCUGCUCCUUAUUUAUUGUGGUGUGCUGCAUGGAACAUAUUUAUUUGAAAGCAUUAAAAUAAACGAUCCUAGAGCAUGUGCAUAAUGAGAGGACUGUAUUGUCUCUGCUGCUGUUGAGGUUACAUUAAGUUCCAAAUAACAAUUACAGUAUGCUGGUUCCACUGAGGUCAAGAAAUCUUUAGAAGUGUGUUGCAGUGAACAGAAUGAAUUUUAAUGCCUAUUAUUUCUAGGUACUUGAACAAUAUUUCAAAUGUAGUUGACCAUUGAUACUUGUCAUUCAAGCUAACACAGUCCGACAGAAGUCUGUGGUUCCUAAAUAUGACACCAGUAUUGCCAAUAAAAUGUUCUAAACCAGG